AAGUGCAAGAUAAAGGGGAGGUGCGCUUCCAGAACCGGGCUAGCUGCCUCCCGGAUUUCUGGCCGGCCACGGGCGGCCUCUCCGGCGACUUCGCGCGGCAGAGCCCCCAGCGGACCCCAUGGCCGACCACAGGUUCAGCGCCGUGAGCAGGGAGAAACCCUGCUGCGACAUUUCCAGGAAAGCCCAGAUCUGUCUCUGCGUGGUUCUCGGUCUUCUGGUCGUGGUGGUCAUCGCGGCGGUGGUGGGCACCCUGAUGUGGCACCAGCCGCCCAAGCACAAAGAGUGGAAGGGGGCGGGCACCACCGCCCAUUUGUACGAGAUAAUCCUGGGACGGUGCUACACCUACACUCAAAUCGUGCGACCUGAUCUGGGACUUAAAGACUGCCCAAAGAUAGGGAAGGCAUUCACAAAAGCGUUUCUUUCUAAGGACCCUUGCAACAGUACGGAACAGGACUAUCAGCCACUAAUGGAGCUGACAAAUCAAACUGUACCUUGUGACAAGACCCUCCUUUGGAGCAAAACAAGGGAUCUGGUGCAUGAAUACACCUGGGUCCAGCAGGGGCUGUUCACGCUGGAGAACACACUGCUGGGUUACAUGAUGGACGGCCUCACAUGGUGUGGAGACUCAGGCUCUUCUGAAAUAAACUAUCAAUCUUGUCCAGACUGGAGGAAAGACUGUAGCAACAACUCUGUUUCUGUAUUCUGGAGCACUGUGUCCAAAAGGUUUGCAGGAGAUGCCUGUGGUGUGGUCCAUGUGUUGCUCAAUGGGUCCAUCCGUAAGAUUUUUGAUGAAAAAAGCACUUUUGGACGUGUGGAAGUCCUUAAUUUGCAUCCAGAGAAGGUUCAUACAUUGCAGGCCUGGGUGAUGCAGGACAUCACGAAUACUUCCAGUGACUCAUGUUUGGAUUCUUCCAUAAAAGAUCUGAAAUUGAUUCUAAGCAAAAGGAAUAUUACAUUUACCUGCCAGAAUAACUACAGGCCUGUCAGGCUUCUUCAGUGUGUGAAAUAUCCUGAGCAUUCAUCUUGCAGAUCUAAGAUAUGAGCCAAUCAGCAUGGUCGUUUAAGAUCUUUGAGCCUUGUGGUAUGCAUCAGCCUGGGUGACUCAGGAGACACGCUACUGCUGGGAAGCUGAGGACUUGGGGGGGGGGGGGCGGGGAAUCUUCUGUCAUGAUGCUGACACUAGAACUGGGAGCCUUUACCUCAGUGCUUUAAAAUAACUUAUGUUAUUGGAAUAGUUUUUGCUUUGAUUUCCUAAUACUCAUGACAAAAUUAUGUAUAAAAUUAAAAUGAAAAUUUUAUAUAAA